UCACAUCAAAAUUCUUAUUUAUUUUUGUUUUAAAUUUUUUUCGCCGUUUUGCUUUCACUCUCUGCAAAGGAACGAUAAAUAUUUGCGCAACAUUACAAACAUAAGCGAUUUAGUUGUUCCGUGGCAAGUGUCGAUUUGAGCUGGCUGUUACUGUUUGUGAUAAAGUACAGACCACGUGAACGUUUGACGACGCGACUCGAUCUGUGGGAGAAGACACCAUGAGAGGGGAAAUCAAACCUGAUUUCCAUCUCAACUAAGGCAAAGACUACGGCACGCUGUUAAAGCCAGCUUCGAAUUCAUAAACUGCCGACAUUCGAUGGCGAGAUUGUCAACUAAAGCAUAUCAUUCUUCUUUCACCCAUUGCUGCGUUGGCAGCAUCAGAUUGUUUCAAAAAGAAAAGAAAAAAACAUAAAAACAAUCAGCUAUCAAGAAGACAUCAGCUUUAAAAGUUUUGCGGAAGCUGUUUUAAACGAGUUUGAUAGACAAUGGUGCGCUGCUCAGAGGAAGAGACUUACCUCUAUGAUCCCAACAUUUUGCUGCAAUUGAACUUCCAUCAAAGUCCGGCCAAAUUUGAGCCAUUCAUUUCGGCAGCAUAUCCCGGCGAAAACUGGCUUAAGGUGCGUCCACUAAAAGACGGGGAUUAUGACCGUGGAUUUCUACAAUUGCUUUCGCAACUUACCGAUGUGGGACAUGUCACACGGACGCAGUUUUUGACUCGUUUCUCACAGAUGAAGGCCAGUGGCGAUUAUUACGUCACUGUAAUCGAAGAUACGCGCAAAAAUGAAAUAAUCGGUGCAGCUUCCUUGGUUGUUGAACGAAAAUUCAUACAUAAUUGUGCCAUUCGCGGCCGUCUUGAGGAUGUGGUUGUCAAUGAUACAUAUCGUGGCAAACAGCUAGGCAAACUUAUUGUGGUAACUGUCAGCUUGUUGGCUCAGCAUCUCGGCUGCUAUAAAAUGUCACUAGAUUGCAAGGAUAAACUAAUUAAAUUCUACGAGUCUCUGGGCUAUGUACUCAUUCCUGGAAACUCGAAUUCAAUGACAAUACGAUACGAUGAGGGACCUGAGGCAGUGCGGCACAAUAACACAGCACUUGUUGAUAACGACAUCAACAACACCAGCCAAACUGUGAGCCUCGAUUUUGCUUCUUGACAAUUAGCCACCAGUACCGCCAUUAAAUCGAAACUAUAAAUGUAUGCAACGUUGAUUAAUUGCAAAAGGAACAAAUGUGCUGUAUAUAAAAAGUUUAUGUUUUUCACAAGCUUAUAUUCGAAUUUUUGUUCUUUUUAGGUUGCAAGCAUUUUAAAUUUCGGUUGAAUUACAAAACGCUCGCGGCUGAAGGCAAUUAUUUCACACGUUAACAAACUGCGAAUAAUUCCCUUGUGCGUUUUGUGGGCGGUGCUGGUAGGUGGUGCCUUGUACUGAUGUUUUUAUACAUUUCGUUUCAUAUAAAGACAGCGGCAUCAGGCAAGACAUACAAUAGAAAAGUACUUAUUUUUAUUUAUCUUCAUUUAAAUUCUUAUUACGUCUAAUUGUUCAUGCAUACAAUGCAAAUAUGUAUGUGUUUAGUUUAACCGUUUGAUUUGAUUUUGAUUUUUUUCUUGCAAACGCGGCUGGCACAAAAAGGUAGUAGUAAUUUUGCCCUUUAAAAGUACGUUUAUAAAAUAGCUAACUGUAAAUGCAAAUAGCUAAACAUUUUAAUUUUGCUGCUGUUGAAAUAUUCUUAUGUAUCUAAGUAGAUGCAUAUUAAAAUGUAUUUUACAUACUUUAAGUAA